AUGGAGAUGGUCCUCAUCUUCACCUUCUGCCUGAUUCUAGCUGGUACUGAUGCUGUACCUACAGUAACUGGAUACAGAGGACGAUCAGUUCAGAUUAAAUGCUCCUACACAUCUGGAUAUGAAAAGAACAACAAGUAUCUCUGCAGAGCCAAAGUCUUCACCGUCACCAUCACUGAUCUGAGACCAGAGGAAGGAGGAACUUACUGGUGUGGGGUAGAUGCAUGGCAUGAUAAAUACACAGAGAUUCUACUGCUUGUUAAAACAGAUAAUCUCACCAGUACUGUCUCACACACCACACACACCACACACACCACAUUCACUACAAACAUCACGCACACCAAUUCAACACACUCCAUGAGUCUAUCAGUACAUGCUGAGAACACACACUCAACAACAGCUAAUCCACUAAAUGAUUCUAACCACCCAAACUCCACCCCCUCAUCUCAGGAUUUCUCAACGUCCACCAUCAUCACUUCUGUAUCUGUGGUUCUUGUGCUUCUUCUUAUUGUCCUGUUAUUUGCUGUCGCCUUUCAGAGGAAAAAGAAGACCAGAGCCUCAUCUCCAACCCAACCUGCACAAAGCUCCUCAAACCACAAUGUGGUUCCACAUCCUGAUUAUAUUUAUGACGAGAUUAAAGACAACAUAAGUCUUACUAACACACUUUACUCCACUGCUCUGACUCCCACAAACCCCUCUGAGAUUUAUUCUGAACCUAAAUUACCCACAAUUCACUCUGAUAAUUCACAAGCUGUGUAUACUACAGUAGAUCACCCAUCAGAUCCUCCUGAUCAGGACUUCUACUCCACAGCUCACUUACCCACAAUUCCCUCUGACUCAUCAGUCAGCGCUGCUCCACCAUCAGGUGUGAAAUCCGGUGAAAGUCUAACGUACGCAGCAGUGAGUUUUGACACAGAUUCUAAUGGUGCAGCUCCAGCAGUGAUCUACAAACAUAAGAACAACUCAUGUGAAUAUGAUACUGUUAAUGACGCUGAAUGUGGCUAGUUAGCAUACAACAGAAUGCUAAUCAUCAUGAGUUAUUUGUAAUUUGUUGACCCAUUAUAUUAUUUAUAUGUUUUGUUCUCAUAUCUGUUUGGUCAGAAUGUGUUAAUUAAAUAUUUAGAACAUCGGUUCUGACAAUAGUGCAACAGAUGAAAGAUGGUUCAUCUUUUAUUUUAAUAUAUUUAAAUUUUUCCUUUUUUUUAUUUGCUUUUUAGACUUUUUUUAUUCUUAUUUUAUUUUACGUGUGUGUAUGGCUUCUUUCACUUUUUGCUAGCAGUUACUAUUUUAACAUUAUAUUAAACUGAGAAAAAAUGUGU